AUGGCAACUUCGGACGGCGCGGGGCGCCUCAUUCGGCUCAGCUUACUCAUCUUUCUGACGUGUCUCGCCGUGGUUUCUCCAGUCCGCUGUGUCCCGUUCGUCGACUCCCAAGCAAUCAGUGGCCCGCCCUCGACCCCCGUGGCGGCUGCGCAGGAGGGUGGGGCAGGAGUGCAGCAGCAGGAGUUUAGGGUUGCGGCUGCGCGGGCGGGUGGGUCAGGAGGGCAGGAGCAGGAGGUCGGGGUGGCUGCUGAGGAGUAUCGUCGAGGAGAUGAGCGACAGGCCGCCGUAACAAGGAGUCACCGCACGGCCAGUGGCAGCGGUCAGACGGGCCCUUCGACCGGGUGGCCUUCGACGGUAGGCCAAUCGACGGCGAACGUUGCACCGGGAGGCCAGGUCGUCGAGCUACUGCAGAGGGUCGAGAAGGAACCUGUUGGAAGGGGCGCGGGCGAAGAUCGACGAGAUGAGCGGAAGAUCAUCGAGGGGGUGGCAGCCGCCAUCACAAAAGCGAGCGAAGACGCCGUCGAGAAGCAGCUCAAGCAGGUCGAGGAGCGGCUGGUUGUUGCGGUGCUGAAGGGUUUCGAGAAAGCCAUCAUGGAGGACAUGUUUUGCUCCACCCUCCCACCCGAGACCAUGAAGGAGCUGAAGGACAUUGUGAGGGAAGGCUACCAUGAAGCCGAAGCAGGGAGGUUGGAAGUCCUCACGGAAUCGAUGGCGAGAGGUUUUCAGCGCUCGGCGGGCCCGUCGACGAGGUCGCGUCAGGAGGGUGUGGGAGGGGUUCGCAGCGGGGCUGAGCCUCGAGGUCACGAGCGGUCGGUUCCUCCGUCUUCUUCGGUGGGAGGACAUGUCGGCAGCCCGGUUGGAUCCCCACCGGCGCGUGGCCGUCAUCCCGUCGCCAAGCCCGUCCCCGAAGUCAUCGUACUCGACCAGUCAGCCCUCCCGAAGACCUCCGUAGCAGCUCCCAUCGAUCAACCUGAUGCGUUUGCUUUCAUGCGGGACAUGCUGCAAGGCCUGGGGAAAACGGGUGGGAAAGGAGUGGUCGCGGGGGAGAAAAGUGGUGCCCCGAACGAGCACGUCGCCUCGACCGGGAACAGAGCCCUAGGAAUGCGAGGUGCCUCUACCCCGUCAGGCGGCGGUGCGGGGAAAAGAGCGGGAGAAUCAAGCGCUGGGUUGCUGUCGAAGACUAAAGCGGCAUUAGCUGCGCAAGGCGGUGGUGUUGGCCUUGCUGUCGGGCUUGUGGGAAAUUGGGUGUCUUCCUCGACCCCUCCAGUUGCUCCUGUCGCCGCUGCUGCGUCCCUAGGCAACGUUUGCCUUAGUGAUCCGGGCUCCCCUUCAACGUCGAAGAAGAAGUCGGCUGUGACGAAGUCGUCGAAGCGCGCUGCACACGCGACAGAGAGCCUUGACGUGGUGGAGCUGGCCAGCGUCCCUGGUCAAGCACCUGUCGAGAAGACCUCUAUUGUCGUUGCUGCUCGAGAGGAAAAGGCGAAGAAGGCCAGGGUCACGGGUCACACCCCACCUCCUCGACCGGACGACCAAGGCAAGACGAGAGGAUGCAAACGUCCCUUCAAAGGAUCAGGUUUCGGGUUGCGGAAGGGGAAGCCGGUUUCCGAGCAGACCGUCGGCGGGAGGAAGCGGCUCCUUGGCACUUUUGAAACAGAGAAGGACCAAAAGUUCUGUACGGCCGUCUGCUGGCGCGUGUACUUCCCCGACGUUGUCCUUACAGAGUACGAAGGGUACACGGCGCAGGAUGAGGAGGACUGGAAGGUCUACCUCGAUGCGGUCGCAGAAAUGCCAACCGGCAUUUGGAGCGUGGCGCAAGAACAAGGGGAAUGUCGUUUCGACGAGUAA